AUGCAUAAGCCUAGAACCUCCAUCCCGGAGAUAUCAUAUGAACACUGUAUGUACAGAGGAACAAAAAUAUGGGACCUCUAUGUCGUCUCCUGCCUCGUCACUCUGGUGCAAGGUGUGAUACUCAUCCUCUUGAAGAAGUGGACUCAGCCGACAGUCAAACUGCACCAAUUCUUGAGCCAGAAACACCACAGGACUAAUGGCAAGUGCAUCGCUCCGCAAUCUAGUUCAUUCUUCAGCAGUCUGAAGGACGGUAUAACAGUGCAUGCAUCGACCCUCGUAUCGCCCAAACACCCACAUGGACAGUUCCUGAGCGUGUUGAUGUUCGUGUUAAAUCUGGGGUCGUUUGUGAUUUACCUCGCCCUGACCACCAGGCCCAUUGAGUACUGCGUGGAGAAUUUGGAUAACCUGCUCCUGUUAGACCUUGCCUUCGACAUAAUUUACCUUCUACACUUUUGGCUAAGGGUGGAACUGAGUGGUCGAGAGUUUGACUGCAGAUCAGGAGGUCCCAGGUUCUGA